AAAAAAAAGAAAAAUGACCUAUUAUCUGAAAAUCCGACGCUUAAUUAGGAGCAAGAAGCGGCGACGCUUAUGGGACACGCGUCAUACACGGAAGUCUUCUCCUCUCUCUCAUCUCUAUCUCUCUCUCCGACUGAAAUCAGUUGCGACACGGCGAUCAGAGACUGGGUUCUGAUCCCUCUCUCCAUCGUGAUGGUUCUCAUCGGUGUUCUCCGCUACUUCGUCUAUAAACUCAUGCGUUCGCCUCCGACUCCAGAUGCGAAGAUAGUCAAAGAAGGGGCUCGGAAUCUCAAGGCAGGUGCCAAUUUCAUCCCGCAUAAGUCCUUCUGAGCUUGGAGAUUCUACUUCAGCAACGAGCCAAAAUAAUCUUGAGACCAU